CCCCGCGGCACAGGCGGGGCCGGUGCCGGGGCCGCGAUGCUGCCGGCGCUGCCGGACGGCGAUGAGCGGGAGCUGGAGAGCAGCGAGGAGGGCGGCGGCGCGGGCGAGGAGCGGCGGCCGGAGCGGCACGGCUGCACCUACCAUGGCCUCUAUGGCUACCGCAGGUCCGCGCAGCAGGGAGCCGCCGCCGGGGAUGGCAGUGCCGGUGGCGCCGUGGCACACGCACCCUCCACCGAGGACUUCAGCCUCUCCUUGCUGGACACCAACUUGCCAGCCGAAGCAGAGACGGAGUUGCGCAGUUUCAUCUCUAAGCGCCUUACUAAAGGAGCGCUCUUUGAAGGAAUGGGGAAUGUAGCAUCAGUGGCGCUGAGCAUACCAGAAGGUAAAGUUGGGUGUUACUACUGUCGUUUCCAACAAGAAAGUCUUCUGGAAAUGGCAACGUUGGAAUCGGACAUCAAUGCUCCAGAAUAUGUGGUUUGUUUCUUAGGUGGCUCAGAGAAAGGUCUGGAACUUUUCAGACUUGAGCUGGACAAAUACAUUCAAAAUCUGAAGAUGAAUCUUGAUUUGGAGCAAAAAAACUUGGAGGCCUGUGUUAGCCCCUACCUGAGGAGCUGGUUUGAGGAUGCCAUCUGUCCUAUCCAGAGGGUUGUGCAGCUCUUCCAGGACAAACUUGCCUCUCUGCUACAUGCUGCUCUGAGUUACACUCCUGUAGAAGUCAAAAAUGCAGAUGAAAGAACAGAAAAGGACAUCAGCAGGUUCCUGGCAGCUGCCAGCCUCCAAGGACUUGUCCAGGAAGGCACAAUGACCUCCCUGUGCAUUGCCAUGACAGAGGAACAGCACAAGUCCAUGGUUAUAGACUGUAGUGGACCUCAGCCCCAGCUGCAUAAUGCAGGAAGCAACAGAUUCUGUGAGGACUGGAUGCAAGCUUUUGUGAAUGGUGCUGAAGGUGGAAAUCCAUUUCUCUUCCGGCAGAUUUUGGAAAACUUUAAAUUGAAGGCUAUCCAGGACAUUAACAACCUGAAGAGGUUUAUCCGCCAGGCUGAAAUGAACCACUACGCCUUGUUCAAGUGCUACCUGUUCCUAAAGAACUGUGGCAGUGGAGACAUCCUGCUGAAGAUUGUGAAAGUAGAACAUGCAGAAAUGCCAGAGGCCAGGAACGUAGUGACCGUCCUGGAGGAAUUCAUGAGAGAAACAUCAGUGGCUUAAAAUUAUCUUAUGUAUAAAUCAUUAAUUUCUUCUGUGCAGUGCAGCUAUUGCUGGAUUUUUAAUUUAUAUUUAAAAGUAUUGCUCAAGUCAAACCUUAGCUGCAGUUUCACCUGCCUUUUCUUGGUUUUAGACAAAGCACUAUGAGCUUUUUUUAAUAUGUAAAUAUCAGAUAAUACAAACUCCUGCAGAGUUUUCAGAUUCUCCAACUGACUUGCUCCUCUUCUGAGGAAAUCAUGACAUUUGAUUUUUAUAGUCAUUGCAAAACCAAACCCAAAUCCCUUAAGUGGCAAGCAUGUCACUGUUCUAAAUAUUUUAAAUAUCUUUAAAAUAAUUUAGAUCUGGCUGCUUUGUUUUUAUAAAGAAGUACAAACAUCUACCUAGAUCUAGAUAAUGAAUAAUCAUUUUAGUUUAGAUAAGAGAACCUAGGUACCAAGUCUGUGUCUGGUUUCUGCUUUCAAACUGCUGGUUUGUUCUGCUGCCACUGGAUAAACAAGUUGGUAGUUGUAUGAAACAGAGCUGCCUGAAGACUGAGCCAUUGCAGUGAUCAGUUUGUAUGUGCCUGUAUGUGUGCAUACACACACACAACAGGUACCUGAAAUUCCCAGGCUAUUUGAUGUAUCAGUUUGUAUGUGCCUGUAUGUGUGCAUACACACACACAACAGGUACCUGAAAUUCCCAGGCUAUUUGAUGUAUCCUCUUCUUCCUUAGUCUGAGAUGUGAUCAAGACCUUCUUUGUAUGUUCUUAUAUUACAGUUUUGCAUAACUGUAAAUAAUGCUAUGUUUUCCAGUCAUGAAGAAACUAAAAAGUUUCUUCUUUAACAUUUAAUAUUAAGACUUUUUCAGAAUUUGAAAUAAAUGAACUUCCCAAAUUAAUUACUCAGACUUUAAAACAUUUCAAUGUAUCAGCAAUGGAUUCUUACCCACAUCAUGGGACACAUAGGCAGCAGAAUACUUGAAGGAAAUGUUUGGCUACAGCUGGAAUAAAAACUCAUGAAGUCUCUGAGUAAGCUCAUUAAGAGAGCAAUAUCUGCAAACCUGAUACAAGCAGAAUUCCCUGUUGGUUCCCUUUGCAGCAGAGGGUGUUUGAACUCCCCUGAAACAGUGCCUGUAACUAAUGUUGUUCAGUGUGACUUGUUCUGGUGCUCUGUUCUGUGAGGGCAGGAGUUGCUGCUUUCCUGUGACACCACAUGUUGAACCUAUAAUAAGGCUGACAAUAAAACACGUUGAAAUCCUCAA